CGAGUUCUCAUCUUUCGCCAUUCACAUAACACUGAGUACCUAGUGCAGGGUAUUGACACCCAUUUAUUGUAAGGACGCGCCUUUCUGGAGGUGUGUUGAAGUUCACACUCGGGUAACAUAGGUGUCCCGCGUAUACGAAGUAAUACGAACGACUCGCCCGAUAGUAGAUGUCCUUCGUACUCUGGCUGAUCUAGCAAUGGGCCAACUCUUAUGGUCUAUCCAUUUACAACCUAACUGGUGGCAAUCCGAUCAGAAUCAGUCUAUCCACCAAAGCUGGGCAGAAGAUGCAAUCACAAGGGAUUGGAAUGUCACAACAUCUUCAUCUAUAGCUUUCAGAGAAACAGAUGAACUCCGUGGGUAUGCUCUUCUCAGAGACGAAACUCACAUUGAUUUAAAUCAGCCAGCACCCAUCACCGUCCUCAGUUUCCUUCUCGUCGAUCUGGAUGCCUUACCUGUUAUUUCUACUGCGAACGUUGCUCCGCAACAAAGAGCGUGGAUGUGGAAAGCAUUGGAUAGUCGUCUGGCUGUCGAGAUUGUUGAGAAGAUUCUGGAAAUGGUGGAUGGGCUCAUGGAUGAACAAGAGAGCCAAGGUCAUUAG